GUAAGUGAAGGACCAUUGUACUUUUACAGAAAAAACUUCUCUGAAACAACGCCGUUAUGGAUGAGAAAGUGUAUACCGAAAAAGUGAAAAAUCCCAGAACGAAGGCGAACAUUUUCAGCAUCUUGACGUUUUCUUGGAUUCUACGCAUUUUCUGGGUAGGUUACCGCCGAGAUCUUGAAGUAACUGAUUUGUACACACCACUUAAAGAGCAUACAAGUGGUAUUCUUGGUGUUAAAAUAGCAAACGCCUGGAAAGAAGAAUGCGAGGCGUACCAGUAUCGGCUGGAACAGGCCGCAAAGAACGGAUUACAGAAGAAGGUCAAAGAACCCAGCUUGAUGAGAGUCCUCAUCAGGUGUUUCGGCUACAAAACUUUACUGUAUGGGAUCUUUAUGGCAGUUAUGGACAUCUUACUUAGGGUACUGCAACCGUUAUUGUUGGGUCAAAUGUUACGUUUCUUCAACACCACGGACGUCGACAAAUCCUACGCAUAUGGUUACGCCGUCGGUGUUAUUCUGUGUUCCGCUCUCAACGUAUUCGUUAUCCAUCCGUACACGAUAAGUAUGUUGCACAUGGGCAUGAAAGUCCGCGUGGCCUGUUGUUCACUGAUCUACCGCAAGACAUUGAAGUUGACCAAAACCGCGUUGGGCGAGACGACAAUCGGCCAGGCAGUCAAUUUGCUAUCUAAUGAUGUCAACAGAUUCGACAUCAGUAUCAUAUUUCUCCAUUCUCUGUGGCUUGGACCUUUGGAGACCAUCAUCAUCACGUACGUAAUGUACUACGUGAUCGACGUUGGAGUAUCGUCUGUCAUCGGUGUCGCUUUUCUGCUGAUGUUUAUCCCUUUACAAGGAUGGCUGGGCAAAAAAUCGUCAGAGUUGAGAUUAAAAACCGCUAUCAGGACCGACGCAAGAGUGAGAUUAACAAAUGAGAUCAUCAGCGGAAUCCAAGCCAUCAAAAUGUAUACCUGGGAGAAUCCGUUCAGCGCCCUCAUACAAAAUGCAAGAAGGAAAGAAGUUAAUGUCAUCCGAUGGGUUUCGUAUAUCAGGGGUGUCACCAUGUCUUUCAAUAUGUUUACUACAAGAAUGUCGCUGUUCAUCACGGUGCUGGCUUACGUGCUGUUCGGCUACAAAGUAACGGCCGACAAAGUGUUUGUAAUAACCGCCUAUUACAACAGCUUACGCACAACCAUGACUGUUCUUUUUCCGCAAGGGAUAACACAGGUAGCGGAAGCGAAAGUGUCCAUAAAACGAUUGCAGAAGUUCUUAAUGUAUGACGAACUGAUACCUUCUGAGAUUAAAGCAAAAAAAUACAAGAAAAAUGAUAAGGAAGAUGCAAAAGAGACUAAUAAGAAUGCAAAGGAGGAUAACCAAAUGGACGCGAAUAAUCCGAAAAAUUCAAAGGAAAAUUUGAUCAAGCAAAAUAAAAACGAUGAUACGAUCAUACACCAGUCGAACAAUGUCGAUUACAGCAUCUCCAUCGAAAACGGAAACGCUAAAUGGGUAAAUUAUGAACAAGAAGACACCUUAAAGAAAAUUAACAUGAAAGUGCGUCCCGGUGAACUGAUCGCUGUCGUUGGCCAGGUCGGCGCGGGCAAAAGCAGUUUGUUAAACGUCAUCCUGAAAGAAAUGCGUUUGCAAGAAGGUUCUAUUGAAGUUAACGGCAGGAUUGCCUAUGCCAGUCAAGAACCGUGGCUUUUCGCUGGUUCGGUUAGGCAAAAUAUUCUAUUCGGAAGAAAGAUAGAUCAGAUUCGGUAUGAUCGUGUAACCAAAGUAUGUCAAUUAAAGAGAGAUUUUAGCCUGCUGCCUUAUGGUGAUAAGACAAUUGUGGGCGAGAGGGGUAUUAGUCUUUCUGGUGGUCAGCGUGCUAGAAUAAAUUUAGCGAGAGCAGUUUACGCUGAGACUGACAUAUACCUUAUGGAUGAUCCUUUGAGCGCCGUGGACGCCCAUGUGGGCAAACACAUGUUUGAAGAAUGCAUCGACAAAUAUCUACGAGGCAAGACUCGGAUUCUCGUCACUCAUCAAUUGCAAUAUCUUCGUGACGUUGAUAGAAUUAUCGUCCUAAAGAAUGGAGUCAUCCAGGCUGAAGGCACUUAUGACGAGCUGGGCUCUAUGGGUAUGGAUUUCGGUCGGUUGUUGGAAAAUCAAGUAAAAAUGGAUGAAAAAUCCUCUCGACCUUCCUCGAUCUCCGUUAGCUGCAAUAGUUCUCGUACCAGCAUCACGUCGCUGAGUACCGUCAUGACAAAUGAUACUUCGAAACAGGAGCCUCAUGAGGUUACUGAAAUGCGAACGGUAGGUAAUGUUUCCGGUAAAGUAUACACGGAUUAUUUUCGCGCUGGCGGCAAUUGGUGCAUUAUAUUUAUAGUGACUAUGCUUUGUAUAAUGGCACAAUUAGCAGCUAGUGGUAGUGAUUUCUUUCUCGCACAAUGGAUUAAUAUAGAGGAAAAUUACAUGGAUCAAACGGACCACGGUGUUGUAGAAAAUCCGGAAAGUCCUCUUACUCGCAUGGAGUGCAUCUAUAUCUACAGUGGGUUGAUUGUGCUCACAAUCGGCAUAACCCUUAUUCGCUCAUGGACUUUCUUUUGGACUUGCAUGCGGGCCUCAAUGCGCUUGCACGAUCGUAUGUUUCGCAGCAUCAGCCGUGCUACUAUGCGAUUCUUCAACACUAAUACGUCGGGACGUGUACUUAAUCGGUUUUCCAAAGACAUGGGUGCGGUUGAUGAGAUGCUACCCGCUGCGUUUAUUGACUGCCUUCAGAUCGGUAUAGCACUACUGGGUAUUAUCAUUGUGGUAGCCACCGCGAACGUGUGGCUGCUGAUACCUACGGUGCUGAUUGGCAUUGUCUUUUAUUACAUGAGAAUCUUCUAUUUGGCCACCAGUCGUAGCGUCAAGCGUCUUGAAGGCAUCACACGUUCGCCGGUUUUUGGUCACCUGAGCGCGACACUUCAAGGAUUAUCGACGAUUCGCGCAUUUGGAGCGGAAGAGAUUCUCACAAAAGAGUUUGAUAAUUACCAAGAUAUUCAUUCAUCCGCGUGGUACAUCUUUAUCACGACCUCACGCGCUUUCGGCUUUUGGUUGGACGUUUUCUGCGUGCUAUACAUCACGUUGGUCACGUUAAGCUUCCUUGUGCUGAACAAUUACAGUCAAGGUUCAAUGGAUGGCGGAUACGUAGGUCUGGCGAUCACGCAGAGUAUCGGUCUCACCGGUAUGUUCCAGUGGGGCAUGCGUCAGAGCGCAGAGUUGGAGAACCAAAUGACCUCGGUGGAGCGCAUCCUUGAAUACAACAACGUAGAUAGUGAGCCUCCCCUCGAGAGCGCCCCAGAUAAAAAGCCCAAACCCGAAUGGCCGCAAGAAGGCAAGAUCGAGUUUAAGAACGUAUUCCUGCGCUACUCGCCAUUGGAGUCACCAGUGCUCAAAAACCUCAAUUUAGUCAUCUUUCCUCAGGAGAAAAUCGGCAUUGUCGGCAGGACCGGCGCCGGCAAGUCAUCUCUGAUUCAGGCAGUCUUCCGUCUGGCUAACGUGGAUGGUUUGAUUGAGAUCGACAAAAUCGAUACGAGUCAGCAUGAUUUCCGUUGCAAGAUCAGCAUUAUCCCGCAAGAACCAUUCCUAUUCUCCGGCAGCCUGAGACGUAACCUCGAUCCGUUCGAUUUAUAUCCAGACGAACCUCUGUGGCGAGCUCUUGAGGAGGUCGAAUUGAAGGAAAUAGGCUUGGAGGCCCACAUCAAUGAGGGCGGUUCCAAUCUCAGCGUCGGUCAGCGACAGUUGGUCUGCUUAGCGCGUGCUAUUGUGAAGAACAAUCCGAUACUCGUGCUAGACGAGGCGACCGCGAAUGUGGACCUGCGAACGGACGAGUUGAUUCAGACAACGAUCAGGAAAAAAUUCGAAAAGUGUACGGUGCUAACGAUUGCUCAUCGACUCAACACUGUUAUGGACAGCGAUCGCAUCCUGGUGAUGGACGCCGGCUACAUGGUGGAAUUCGAUCAUCCUCACGUGCUGCUGCAAAAGGAUACUGGCUACUUGAAAAGCAUGGUGCAGGAGACCGGAACAGCGAUGGCGGAGGCUCUGGCCGGCAUCGCUCGCGAUUGUUACUUGCAGAAUCAAGUGUUCACAGCGUUUUGAUGAGCCCACAUAUGUCGGAUUUGCGUCCAGAAAGAUUAAUUUAGUAUUGGGUUUAAUAUUGGAGCGCAAUUAAUAAUUAUAAACAUUCACUAUUCAUUACUAUAAUA